ACAAAGAUGGCGAUGGAGAUAGGUUACAUUUCGUAAACAUCAGUGAAUUUAUCGUAUUUUGUUGUGGUUAAACAAGUCAGCUCAAUUGUUGUUGUCACAGAUGGUGAGACCAUUAUACAGGUAAAAUGCUCGACCUCGAAGUUGUACCGGAACGGUCUCUGGGGAACGAGCAAUGGGAGUUUGUUUUAGUGGUGUUCCCUUCAACACGCCCCAGGUGCGGCCAACCAUUGAACAGAUUGACCAGUCUUUUGGGGCCACCCAUCCAGGAGUGUACAUUGCAGACAAGAAGCUGUUUGUUCUGAAUUUCCGAGGUCUUUCAUUUGAUUUCUCCAUCAAUUCCAAAUAUGAGCCCAAGUACGCCCAUGGCCUGGGCUCCCUUCAGUUCCCCAAUGGUAUGUCACCGGUUGUGGCUCGCAUGUGUAUCUAUGCUGGGAACAGCCUCACAGAUGCCAGGGCCCCAGCUUUACCCGUUGCAUGUUUCUAUGGCAACUGUUUCUUGGACUGCCUUGAGGUUCUACGAGACAAUAACGUGACCUCUGGCCUCAAGUUCCUUCUAGUCACAGAGGGCAAUGUCCAAGGAAAACUGGUAGACCCUCGCAAGAAGUCUGUGGAGAGGAUCGUCAGGUUUGGUGACUCUGUGCAGGAUGUGGUGAGUGCCUUAGGCUGUCCCAGUCGGAUGUUUUACAAGUCGGAGGACAAGAUGAAGAUCCACUUGCCAGAUGCUCACAGACAUAUCCGAGCUCGCAGUGCAGACUACUUCUUUAACUACUUUACUAUGGGUGUGGAUUUCCUGUUUGACGCAGUAACACACACUGUAAAGAAAUUUGUCCUACAUACCAACUACCCUGGCGACUACAACUUCAAUAUCUACUGCCGCUGUGAGUUCAAGCUGCCCAUCACAGUGGAGCCCUCACGUCUCUCGCAGUCUCAGACCUUGAUGCUGGAGGACGACCUUCUCGUGAUCACAGCAUACUCCAAGUGGGAUGAAGUUCAGAAAGUUUUGAUGACCCCAAAGCAUCGACCCGUGAUCCUCAACCGCUCAGCCUCUACCAAUACCAGCAAUCCAUUCGGCUCAACAUUCUGUUAUGGUGUUCAGGACUUGAUCUUUGAAGUGAUGAGAAAUCAGCAUAUAGCAUCCGUCACCUUAUACCAGUCUCCUUCCUCCCGGGAUCCUGCAGCAGUCUCCUCCUCCUGACCUUAUCUUUAGUUUUCUUCCCCAUUUCUCUCCUUCCUUCCAUCCAACCCCACCCCCCCCUUCCCAUGUUCACUGGACACAGCAGCACCGCCAGCUUUAUUUAGCACAUACAGCCAUAACUAUGGUCUCAGACAUUGCAGGAAAUUUUUGUGUCCAAAAAGGAGAAUAGAUUCCUCCACUGCCACAUUACCCCUCCCUUUCACAAGUACAUACACUAUCCUCAUCAUCCACACACACCAGCCAACAUGUACUCGCACACGUACAUACACACAAAUACACACACACACACUCACGCACACAGACACUGAUUUGACAUACUGCACAGAUGACGCUCAACCUUUUAUAGACAGAAUAAAGAGGAGCAUGAUUACAUCAAGUUAAAUCUAGCAGCAGAAUUAUAUAUCUAUGUACUGAAGAACUUUACAAGUGUUUGAUGUUUGUGAUUUGAAAUUAUUGAGAUACCUUAGUUUUGCGGGUUAGAGAGUUUCUAGAAGGAUUUUAUGUCCAUGUAGCGAAGAGAAAAAAUGUUUAAAGACGAGUGAAAGGCUGAUGUCAGUUGUGUAAAUGUUGAGUGUUCGGAGGUUCGGUCUGUACUCUUGGACGCUGAGUCAACCUGUCUUUUCAGCCUCUCAAAAAGAGACUCGAGUUGCUAUAAGUGAAGCCUUUACAUUGUCAUAAAUAAAAUUUAGAUGCAUUUUUUUUAUUUUGGUUAAGAUUAUGUACCUAUCACUCUUGGAAAAUGUUCAGAGCAUUUGAAUAUUUCUCAUGAGAACAAUAUUCUUUGUGAUAAAGUGGUUAGAUUGGUGGGUGUGCAUUUUGUAGCGACUUAGGCUUCAUUAUGAUGAUUGGCUGUAAGGCAGACUUGUCAGUACCUGGAGGAUUGAAAAGUUUGUGAGCCGUUUGAUUCUUUGUUGUUUGGUGCAGAGCUUGGUGUGAAAUCACUACAGCCCCGAGCUGUCCCCGUCGUUUUAUGCAAGAAAAAUUAUGAAAUUAUGCUAACUGAGCCUAAUAGUGUGAAAUUAUGCGAUUCUGUUAAUUUUAACAAAGAAUGAUAAAGGAAAAUAAUAAGAAAUUAUGCAAAAAUGAUCAAAUUUUGCACAAUUAUGCGGGAUGCAUAAAACCACGGGGACAGCCCCGAGUAAGGCUGGCUCGUGUAAUUCCAUGACUGACCGCUGGAGCAGCUUCUGGCCUGGACAGGCUGGAGGUUGAAAGGUUCCUCUUUGGUGUGACAGUCAUCUAAUAGUGCAGAUGGAUCUUUUAAUUCGACUCAAUGCUUUUGUACCAUAACAUUCUUAUGGUGCUUACAGCAGAUACGCACUGUAGUCCUGUUAGCCACAAGGCAUGUUGUAUUUUUUUGUUAUCUACGUCUAAAGUCUUAGCAAAGCCCAAGUUAAAGUCUCAGUAAAGCCUUCUUUAAAUAUCACCAUUACAGCGGACAUAUUUUCUGGUAUAAGAAGUGUAUAUUGCACCAAAAUUUUACUUCUUUGUAUUUUCAAGAUGCAUCUCUCAACUUUUAGCACUUGCGAUUUAUUCCAUCCUGUUGUGUAUGAUAUUAUCAAUGUGACACUGAGCUCGUGCUGGGCUCUGUGGUUUUAAUAUCUUUUGGUAGUUGUAGAAGUGAGCGGCCUCUGAGUGAGUGUAGAGUUGGUGCUGAAAAAAAGGUGGAUUCCAGGCACCUGUUUCGUAUGCAUUUGUGUGUAUGUGUGUGUGUGUUUGUGUGAACGCUCCUGCCCAGGGUUUUGUUGUCAUUGUCAAGCUAAAAAUUUGGAGAUUUCUCAAUCCCUUUCAGUUUGUUCAAAUUUGGGAUACAUGUAUGUGCACUUUCCUAUUUUUCAGAGGUAGAUGACAUGGGCACAGUUAACUUUAUUUAUAAGACAUUUGUGUCUUUGAAUUCAGAGGUCGCUCUCUAUUCACAAGUCGCGUCUGGGCAGCAAAUUUGUGUGGGUUUUUUCUUUCCUCCUCUCUUCAGGAAAAACCAGUAGGUCAGAAGGUGCAAUGAGUUAAUUUCAAUGAUGUCUGUUAGUUGAUCAGGCUGGUUCCUUUGCCAUCAUACUUGUUGAUGGACUGGAAAACAUAAAGAAUUGUCUCAGGGUAAAGUGGAUAUACUGUGUGCGCUAGAGGAAAAAGUCAGCACUGUGUACAUCUUAGUCUCCAGAAGUUUCUUUCACCAAUGUGAUGGUGAAUUCUAUUCUUAUUUAGCUGUUGUCAGCAGUAUAUUUGCUUUUUUUUGUACCUUCUGACCUUUUCUUUUUCCAUGCCUUCCCCCCCUUCGCUCCCCAAUGCCUCACCUUUGCUCUUCACCUACCCUCUCCAAAUCAAUGUUGGACAACAUUUUUACCACUUUGGUAGUUCUCCCCCUUCACCCUAACCACAUUGAUGAAUCUGUCGAGAGUUGAGGCUGAAUGUUAUGCCAGUGCUGAAUGUGAACUUUGAAAUGUGAACUUUAUGCUUGGGGGUUGGACUCGAUGUUUGAACAAAUGCCUUAUUUUGUUAUUAGCUCUGGGUAUUUUUUCUCAGCUUUGCUUGACCUACAUUUUCAUGGGAGUUUCUUUUUUUUUGCUCUAUGUAGGUUCUUUUGGCGUGUUUUAUAAGCGACUCCCCUAUGUUUUGAAAACUUUGCCUUUUGUAAAAAUGAUCAAAUUUAAUGUGUACAGAAAGAUGUUAUGAGUUGUUCAAUUUGUUUCCUUUCUAAAGUUUGGAUAAUGUGAAUACCUGCAAGGUUUUCAUCCAUCUUUCCUCCCUACCCUUUAUCUCAUCCCAGCCUCCCUCCUCCCGCCCCAUUCCCUCUCAUCAUUGUCUUUCUUUCCAUUCUCUUCCUUCUCUUCUUUCCGCCUCACGCUUUUUCUCUCCUGCAUGUAAGUUUUAUGUUUUUCUGUGACUUCAACAGGGAAAGCUUUUUGAGUUUGUCGUCAGUACCGUCUCAUGUGUUUGCGAGUUCUCUUCUGAAUACAUCAGGAAGAAUUUCUACUCAAUUUCUGUGUAGGAGAGGAGAGAAAAUAAGGUAUAGUUGCAAAUAGCAAGCGCAAACCAUACUUUGUUGUUGUUGUUUCUUUAAGGUUGUUACCGAAGGGAUGCAAGUCUGGGCCUGUGUUCAGAUAUAUAUUGUUCUGUUUUGUUUUGUUUUGUUAUUGCACCUGUCGAGAGGCCUUGCCGAGGGCACUUGAUUGCUCGAAGGAAUUUGCCACAAGUCAGAAGAGAAUCUGUGAUUUGUUUAAAGUAAACUUCUGACGCGGGGCUGUCUUUUUGGUCUUGAAGGUGCUUAGUUUGUAGAAAAAUUGUCCGGCUCUCUUAUCUAUAAACAUUUACGCUAUGUACUUUAGCUUCUCCUGAGAUUUCUCUAUUUUGUCAUGACCAGAAAAUAGAGGAGAUAUUGUUUUUAAUGUAGCAUAUGAGGGAUUCUCAUUCUGUAGUUGGGAUCAUGUGAUGAUUCGAACCAGCAGUUUCCUGUUUCUUUUCAUCCCUGUGGGAAUAUAAGGCACAGUACAAAUGUGAACCAACUCGCAUUAAUAGCGAAAGCAGAAAGAUUGUAUUUAACUUUCACCAUAAACGUGAUGGAAAUCAGGCAUAUUUUCGUACUAGAUCUAGUCUCAAAUGUGCUGUAUUGAUGUAAAGUAACCAGCAUGCAUGACAAAACUAGCAUUAUUUAACUUUAACUUUGGAAGUCAGGCUCUUUGGUUCUAGUCUCAUUACCAUAGUACUGCUGGACAGACACAGAAAAGAAGACGACCAUCACUUUCAUGUCCGAUGUCUGUGGUCGAAAGUGUUUUUACAUGUCUGAAUGUGGUAGAUCUGGGGAUUUCUCUUCUUUUUGAGUGUGUGGACAUUUUCUUUCUAUAUUGUUGUUCUGUUGUUCAGGUGGAGAAAUAGUUACAUAUUCCUCAGUAAUGCCAUAAUUUUCUUUGUUUUCUGUGAGUAUAUCUUGUCUUAUUAGACAUUAACCAAUUAUAUUGAUAAUAUUAAUGAGUGUUUUCAGGGCAUUAAUUUGUGUGUUACAGGUCAAUUUGGUUGUCUUUAACUCUAUUACACUGAUGAUUAUGAGAGACAGACUCUAGACAAUGCUUUGAAUUUACAUAUCUGCUGUACCAGUUUCCACGUUAUGAUGACGAGGCCCCUGUGUCUGUGUUCUGUUUCCAUGCAGCACCAUGUACUUCAUGAAUAAUUAAUGUAUUACGUCUUGCUAUCGUUCAGAUUGAGGCUGAAUUCGCUGAGACUGAAGUGGGAAGGACUGCCAGAAGUACGGUGAUAUAAAUGUAGAGAUUGAGAUUUGGGGGAGGGGAGAGAGGUAGUUAUAAGUUUAGUCUUUUCCCUUUGGAGUUGUCCAUAUAAAGUGAGAAAUUAUCAAAUCAUUAUUGAAGUUGGACUUUUAGAGAUGAUUUCAGUUGUGUGCUUUUCAGUGACUUGAGCCUCACCUUGAACGGCCACACCUCUAGGUGCAAAGCACUAGUCUCUAUAUUUGUUGUAUGAUGCUCUGCAGUGGUACUUUGGGGUUUCAAAGUACUAGUCUAUGCAUUUGUACUAUGAUACACUGCAGUGGUACUUUGAGGUGACUGAUAUACAUUGACAGUGGAAGCCAAUGUUUUUGCCAUACUUAGGUGGUACGCCCACUAUAAUUUUUUGCAUGUUCCAGGCAAUGAUUUUUCGGGACGUCAUCACCCGAAUGACAGGCACGAAAAAGGAUGCGCGUCCAUUUGCCGCUUGCUGAAGGCAGGCAAAAUCUCGAGUCUGUGGUUUGACGCUACUUACAGCUGAAGUUAUUGCCUCAAUUGCUUUUAAGAACAGCUCAAAUGUAUGGAAUCUAAUGUAAAACAAUUAUUUGUAGCGAAUAUUAGAUGAAAUUGGGACCAAAAAUAUACUUACGGUUCAAAAUUAUUCUUUUUUUGGGGGGGGGUGAAUCGAGGAGCGGCUGCAGAUUUCACGCAAGGCAAAAGAUCCUGCAUGUACGAAAAUCAUGUUGCUCGAUAAACUUUGCCUGAUGCAAGCAAAAUAUCUAAUUUGCAUACAAUGCUUUGCCUGGAGUCGGCAAAAAAUAACAAGUGGGCACAAGGCCUUAUGAUGGAAAACAUGAGUGAAAAGUUUUGGUCGUUGGAUUAGAAUUUAUGAUAUAAAGAUGAGGAGAAAGUGAGCUGUGGCUUAGACUAGAAGGCAACUGAUCGGAGAGCAAGUGUUUGAGGUAGCUUUCCUUGCAUCCCAACAAUAUAUGUGGCUGUGUUUAAUCCUUUCCCUACAAAAUAUGUCAUCUGGCAAUGAGUUGUGGCUUUAGGGUCGAGGUUACUGAGAGGUUGAACCCCCCCCCCCCCCCCCCCCCAGAUAAAUGCUGAUUCUCAAUGUAUAUUGUUUCUUUUUAAACAAACUUCUCAUGUUCACUAAAGCUGGUGUCAACUUGUACAUGUUCCCUCCAGUAACAAAAAGAAAGCAGUUAUAUGGAAAACUUAGUCAAACUCUGUUGGCACGGAAGUAUAUUUUCAGCUAUGUCUAAGCUUAAGAGAUUGUCGCCUGCACUCUCUCCCCUCCCCCCGUCCCAACCCCACACACACUUUAAAGCUUGACAACAAAGCUUAUAGCCUGAUGCAGCCAGUUUAAGGGUUAACCUGUAGUCUUUACGACCAUUAUCUUCAAAUAUUUUAUGAGGAUAUUUCUUUCACACAUUUUGAGGCCUUACCCUCUAUUCUAAAUCAAGAAUUCUGGUCAGAGCAUUUUCAUUAGCAUCCAAAGGAUUUGUCCUCUCUUUUAUAACAUUUUGAUUCAGUUGUAGUUUAAGGAUGUUACUUAGAAUGUUUUAAACUGUAAAUACCCAAUUUCCAGCUUCUUAGUUAUGGGUACAAAUCUAAGGGGUGACCUAAAAAAAAUUUUUCCGAGCAAUUCAGAAAAAUUCUCAGGAGAUCUCAAAUAUGGGCCUAACUUGUUUUAAUUUUCACUUUCCAACUUUUUGCUGUGAGUACUUUUCAGUUUCUGAUGAAAAUGAGUACCUCUUGUGAGCUUCUCCCUCUCUAGAAUGUUGUUAUAACACUAAUAGAUAGAUGCUUAAUAAGCAGUACUUAAGCAAAGUUGAAAUGGUCAUAGUUAUCAGGGACCAUGAACGUAUAAAUAGUCCACCAAAGAUGCUGUACACCAGAGAGUGUCUGCAUCAAACUUCAUGUCAUGUACUCAUGCAGUUAGUUACCAAUGCUUGCAACUUUCUAUCUGAAAUACAUCUUAUUUCUUUUCCUCAAGUACAUUUUAUCUCAUGGAAUGUUGCUAAAUAGCCUACAGCAUGGACAUUAUGAGUCAUGUGAUUGUUUCUUUUUUUUUUUUUUUUAAGGAAUUUUGUUUUAAAAGUUAGUUUUGUUUGAGAAAGAAAUUAGUUAACAGUGAGAAAGAUGAAAAAUGGCACUAUAAGUUACUAUUACUAUACUUUGACCAUUAGGCUCACCAGGUACUAUCAGCAUUGUGAAAGAAUGGAAGAGUUGCUUUUCUCAUACCAAUUUUAUAAGAGCUGACUGCCUGUGUAAGCACAGUGGUCCCUUUGAGCUGAGGUAUUGGUCCCUUUGAGCUGAGGUAUCCUUAAAUGUGCAGCAAAGAGUUUCAUUUAUAGAGGAAUGAUUUUGUCCGAGAGGAUAGAUCGGUAUAUAUAUAGGCAAAUUGGUCAGUCACAAUUAUAGUAGUCAUCUCUGGAUGGGAGUUGUAACUACGUUGGAUGAAGUGAUUAUUGAUUCAAAUACCGAGAGUGAAAUAAAUGUAGAAUGAUUUAUUUUGUCAUUGUGAAAAGACGUGGUGAAAUAAAUGUACAAUGAUUUAUUUUGUCAUUGUGGAAAGACGUAGUGAAAUAAAUGUAGAAUGAUUUAUUUUGUCAUUGUGAAUAGACGUGGUGAAAUAAAUGUAGAAUGAUUUAUUUUGUCAUUGUGAAAAGACGUGAUAUCUCAGCAGGUAUAGGGGCAAAUAUAGAGAUAUAUAUAAAAGUUUUAUCUGACUGGUGCGUACGAGGAUGAAUGUUUUAUUGUUCAUUCUCAUUCCUUGCCUCAUGAUCUGUAUGACUUGUUCACAAAUAUACUUCUAGUAACCUGUGUAUUCAUGUAACUCAUCACAUCAUGAAUGUACUCUUUCGUGAGGGAAAAAGGAACAGAAUGAAACAAUGUGUAUACUUCUUGUCCUUGUGUUAUAGUACAUUUAUGUGCUUGUCUUGUAACGCCACACAUCUUACAUAAGCAGUAAGUGUUCAGGGUAUUGCUGUCACCUCCUAGUUUGCUGGAUGUUUGGGUUUUUUGUUUUUUUUUCACUCUUGAGCAUAAAUAGAGGGGGCCAAGGCAUUCCUCAUCUCAGACAAUGUACACAUGAUGUAUGUUUAUUUAUUCCUACUCUUUAUCAAUUUAUGAUCUCUUGCAUAAAACCCCAUUAUCAACAUCUGGGAUCUCUUGCAUAAAACCCCAUUAUCAACAUCUGGGAUCUCUUGCAUAAAACCCCAUUAUCAACAUCUGGGAUCUCUUGCAUAAACCUCGUUCUGCCAUCUCAUCCCGUUUCUUUGUUUGUCUCCUUUUCUUUUUUUCUUUAUGGUUUAACCCUUUGUGGGUAUUUCCCUAUUGAGUUGUUCAUUUGCUUCCUGGCAUAGUUCCAUGUCUUGUUUCUUUUUGUCGGAGCAUGAUACACGAGUGCGUCGUCACCAUUUCCUAAUCUGUCCUCGACAACACGCUAGUAGUCAACAAAUUCCAGUUUGCUUCUGCUCUUUAUAGCGUCUUUUGGAACGUGGUAAAUAUUAUCUGUACUGAAAUCAAGUGCACUUUUUCGACAUUCAUACCACCCCAUUGCUUUUGUCUCAUCACACACUGACUCACUUAUGUACAUUCUAGCGAUAAAUGCAAGAAUUCCUUAUGAAAUUUCCGUUUGUGAUUGACAUGGGGUAGUUAAUUACUGUUGUGAAAAAUUAAGAGCUCUUCGCUGUUGUCCAUAUGUUUGCAAGCCAUAAUUUUGUUCAUAGUAUAGAAUCUUCAUUUGUGGGGAUGUACCAAAACUGUGGGAUUGAAGUCUCAGUUCCCUAAACUGUUAUUAAUGAUAUUCUGUAGGAGUGAAAUUUAUAAUGGAACCCUUAAGAGAUGUGGGAACAUGGAUGUAGGCGUAAAAUAGGUGGUAUUGAUAAGAGUUUUAAGAGAUUUGGACUUUUGAGACCUUGUUUUAUUUAUUUUUUUCACCAUAUCAGCAAUACACACAGGCCUCUGUGGAGCAGCGGUUAAGCGCUCUGUCAUAGCAAGCAGAAGCCCUGAGUUCAAUUCCUGUGUGUGGAGAAUUCUUUUUAUCAAGUGUCUCAGUGUUUCUGUUGGGAUGUUGUAUCGCUCUUAGCCCAGGUUGAUGCCCACUUUGUAAAUGAUCUAAAUUGUGUUGAUGGGGGCAUAAAACAUCUACAUUGGAAGAAAAAAAAAAAGCAAUACUCAUAUGCAGCCUCUGCAUAACCCCUUCACUUGUAAGCUCUCCCGCUAAUGAAUUAAUUGUGUUUUCACCUUCAGUGAUAUGCUUUCAUCUAGAGUUAAGAGGCAGUUUAGUGAUAAUUUUUCAAUUUAUAACACAUUCAACAUUUCCUUGCAGCUCAGUUUUUACAUUUUUGAAAGCUAGCUUCCUAUGAUGAACAUUCCUGCCAGUGACAGAAGAGAGUAGAAUGUUUUAGCAACACUCAUCCUGCUUUUGUCAUGAUAGCAUAUGGAUGAUGCAGGGUGCAAAUCGCGCAAGUCUGAUAUUUGUCUAUUUAUUAUUUUAUCUUUUAGCACAAUGUCAUAAGGCGGAAAAAUAUCUAGCUGAAACAAAGACUUCAUAUCCCUUAAAUGUGAAUUCAAAAUCUGGUAGCUAAGCAUUCGGUUUUAUCUAACAACUUACAGUUUUUCGCUCCUUUUGAAAAAAAUUAAAUGUAGCCCUCGUGGAUUUGGCAUUUGUAUAUUCAGUACGAUUGACUUUUAAAUAAAAGCAAUGUGUAUCACUACAGUUGUCCAUAUCUCAAGUCGUGAUUUCUGAAGCCCUUGAACUUUCUCAUCCAAAAUUCCAACUAUUUAUCCAGCUCUACCUCUUCCUCACUCUCCUUUUGUUGUGAGAUAUCGGUCAGAAGUAAGCUGCGAGUGGUUGGAGGGCACCACUGGUGGGUCCAGCUGGACUUUUGCUCUGCUUUGUCUGACAAUCCAGUUUUGUAUUCUCCUACUUGCACUUAAAUGACAUCGUGUCUUUGUGCUUUUCUGUUCUCAAACAAAAGAAAACUGAGAAAAAUAUGCGAAGAGAGAAUCCUUUGAGGAGAAAACUUUUCUGCUGGACAUAAAUAUAUUUUUACAUGUUAAAGAGGAGAGUGGUUGCCUCAGCCUUUGCAAACUUGCAGAAUUUUCUUCUUUUAUGUUCUAUUAUUCUCUUUCAGAUUUGUAUGGCAUCAUGAUAGAAGCAGGUGCUCGUCAACAUAUUGAAUGUGAAGAAGACAACACUUUUCCGACCAUCGGGCAAUUUUAAUCCAAUUUUUGUUUUGGGCUUAACCCCUUUUACAUCAAUUGAAAAAUAAGGUCCUGUGUUGGUUUUACGUCAAAGGUACAAAAAAAAGUAAUUUUGCAUUAUCCAAGGACACCACAUAUUAUAUGGAAGUCACUAAACUUUCGCAGCCACUUUCUCUGUAAUUUUACCUCUGACAGCUAGUGGCCCCCACCUUCUUCAAUCGCAAAUAUCUCAAUUCCUAUUCAAGAUAGAUUGGUAUUUUGUUCAUCAAAAGAAAGACAAAUGAAAAAGCUAUACUAUAAGAGGAGAUCAAUAAAUCUCUAUGUCCCAGAACUGACGAGUGCCUGAUUCCACCAUUUCCCGACACAUUUGUUUUUGGUUGGUGUUUUCUGCAUCUUCACGCGUAAAUCCAACAACCACAAAACUAUCAUUUCCUUGUGCCUCAUUGCCUGCCUCAGCAUUUUGCUUUCGCACUCAAUAUCAUUGUUGAAAGGAAACCAUUUUCUUACUUGUAUUUGGCAUAAAUCAUGUACACUGUGUAAUGUUAUAUAUAUUAUAUAUAUAUACAUAUAUAUUUUCUAUAAUGCUCUGCCAAUAAGUGGGAGGUUUGUACUAUGGUUAACUUUUCAUUCAUAUUUUCCUCUACCUUUAUUAUGGGACAGUGCUAAUUCUUGUGAUAUAGCAAUGAACACGAGAUAUUUUGUCUUGCAUUACAUGUCCAAGUUUCUCUAGACGUAGAAGAAUAUGAUUUGUGGGUAGCUUGACUUGUAGCUGAACCUUACUAUUUUUUCAUACAAUUACAUUUUACUUUAAUGAUUUUGAUUUCUGAGCGUUGGAAAAGAAACUGUGAUACAUACCAGGAUACAGAACUUGUUUAUUUCAUUAGUUAUUUUGAGACUGUCCACAUGUGGAGAUUGAAUUGGCUGCCUGCAGAAGGUGGAAAGACAACAUUGUGUGUUUGUUUGUGUGCGCUAUUUGUUUGUCUGCCAGUAUGUUCGACGAUUUGUUUUCUUGCUUAUAUUUUUUCCCCUUCAGAAGCAAACUUUUGCUCUGCUCCCAUCAGCAUGAAGAAAAUAAAGAGUUAAAGUGUAUCCACCUU